AUGAUUGAUCUGCUGACCGACCCGCACAAACGCCGCGCUGUUGUGCAGCUGACUCGACUGGACAAACCCAUCGGGGUCUUUUUGCUGCUGUGGCCUACCUUGUGGGCACUUUGGGUGGCGGCGGACGGCUGGCCGAAAAUCGAUGUGCUCAUCAUCUUCGCGCUGGGCACACUAUUGAUGCGAAUGGCGGGCUGCGCCAUCAAUGAUUUCGCUGACCGCAAUGUCGAUGGCGCAGUCAAACGCACCAAAGAUCGACCACUGGCCACGGGCGCGCUCAGUGGUCGCGAGGCACUGGCGGUGUUUGUUGCCUGGUGCUUGGGGCGGCGUUCUCCUGGGCGAUACCCAUGGCGUUUGCUGCGCAGACCGGCAGUGUUCCCCCCGCUGGCCUGGCUGAUGUUUGUUGCUGCCGUGCUCCUUACCAUGGCUUACGACACCAUGUACGCCAUGGUGGAUCGCGAUGAUGACCUGAGAGUCGGCAUUAGGAGCAUAGCCAUCGCCCUGGGCGACUUGGAUAAAAUAGCCAUUGGACUGCUGCAGGUAUUGCUGUUGUUAACCCUGCUGAUGAUCGGUGAGCAGCGCGAAUUCGGCACGCCUUACCUGAUUGGGGUGGCGGUGGCGGCGCUACUUUGCGGCUACCAGCAGUGGCUGAUCAGAGACCGGGACCGGGCCGCCUGUUUCAGGGCUUUUCUCAAUAAUCAAUGGCUGGGACUGGCGGUAUUUCUCGCAAUUUUCGUGGAAACCGGCGGGUUGCAGUGGAGCACUUAA